ACGACGACCGAGACCACGGAGACGACGUACACGACCGUGACGUCGGAGCUGACGUCCGCGCCUUCCACCGAGGCGACCGAGGAGGAGACCGAGGAGACCACGACGUACACGACGGAGACGUCGGAGGUGGUGUCUGAGGUGCCGUCCACCCAGGAGACGACGACCGAGACCACGGAGACGACGUACACGACCGUGACGUCGGAGCUGACGUCCGCGCCUUCCACCGAGGUGACCGAGGAGGAGACCGAGGAGACCACGACGUACACGACGGAGACGUCGGAGGUGGUGUCUGAGGUGCCGUCCACCCAGGCGACGACGACCGAGACCACGGAGACGACGUACACGACCGUGACGUCGGAGCUGACGUCCGCGCCUUCCACCGAGGCGACCGAGGAGGAGACCGAGGUGACCGAGGAGGAGACCGAGGAGACCACGACGUACACGACGGAGACGUCGGAGGUGGUGUCUGAGGUGCCGUCCACCCAGGAGACGACGACCGAGACCACGGAGACGACGUACACGACCGUGACGUCGGAGCUGACGUCCGCGCCUUCCACCGAGGCGACCGAGGAGGAGACCGAGGUGACCGAGGAGGAGACCGAGGAGACCACGACGUACACGACGGAGACGUCGGAGGUGGUGUCUGAGGUGCCGUCCACCCAGGAGACGACGUCCGAGACCACGGAGGCGACGUACACGACCGUGACGUCGGAGCUGACAUCCGCGCCUUCCACCGAGGUGACCGAGGAGGAGACCGAGGAGACCACGACGUACACGACGGAGACGUCGGAGGUGGUGUCUGAGGUGCCGUCCACCCAGGAGACGACGACCGAGACCACGGAGACGACGUACACGACCGUGACGUCGGAGCUGACGUCCGCGCCUUCCACCGAGGCGACCGAGGAGGAGACCGAGGAGACCACGACGUACACGACGGAGACGUCGGAGGUGGUGUCUGAGGUGCCGUCCACCCAGGAGACGACGACCGAGACCACGGAGACGACGUACACGACCGUGACGUCGGAGCUGACGUCCGCGCCUUCCACCGAGGUGACCGAGGAGGAGACCGAGGAGACCACGACGUACACGACGGAGACGUCGGAGGUGGUGUCUGAGGUGCCGUCCACCCAGGAGACGACGACCGAGACCACGGAGACGACGUACACGACCGUGACGUCGGAGCUGACGUCCGCUCCUUCCACCGAGGAGACCACGACGUACACGACGGAGACGUCGGAGGUGGUGUCUGAGGUGCCGUCCACCCAGGAGACGACGACCGAGACCACGGAGACGACGUACACGACCGUGACGUCGGAGCUGACGUCCGCGCCUUCCACCGAGGUGACCGAGGAGGAGACCGAGGAGACCACGACGUACACGACGGAGACAUCGGAGGUGGUGUCUGAGGUGCCGUCCACCCAGGAGACGACGACCGAGACCACGGAGACGACGUACACGACCGUGACGUCGGAGCUGACGUCCGCGCCUUCCACCGAGGCGACCGAGGAGGAGACCGAGGAGACCACGACGUACACGACGGAGACGUCGGAGGUGGUGUCUGAGGUGCCGUCCACCCAGGAGACGACGACCGAGACCACGGAGACGACGUACACGACCGUGACGUCGGAGCUGACGUCCGCGCCUUCCACCGAGGCGACCGAGGAGGAGACCGAGGUGACCGAGGAGGAGACCGAGGAGACCACGACGUACACGACGGAGACGUCGGAGGUGGUGUCUGAGGUGCCGUCCACCCAGGAGACGACGUCCGAGACCACGGAGGCGACGUACACGACCGUGACGUCGGAGCUGACAUCCGCGCCUUCCACCGAGGUGACCGAGGAGGAGACCGAGGAGACCACGACGUACACGACGGAGACGUCGGAGGUGGUGUCUGAGGUGCCGUCCACCCAGGAGACGACGACCGAGACCACGGAGACGACGUACACGACCGUGACGUCGGAGCUGACGUCCGCGCCUUCCACCGAGGCGACCGAGGAGGAGACCGAGGAGACCACGACGUACACGACGGAGACGUCGGAGGUGGUGUCUGAGGUGCCGUCCACCCAGGAGACGACGACCGAGACCACGGAGACGACGUACACGACCGUGACGUCGGAGCUGACGUCCGCGCCUUCCACCGAGGCGACCGAGGAGGAGACCGAGGAGACCACGACGUACACGACGGAGACGUCGGAGGUGGUGUCUGAGGUGCCGUCCACCCAGGAGACGACGACCGAGACCACGGAGACGACGUACACGACCGUGACGUCGGAGCUGACGUCCGCGCCUUCCACCGAGGUGACCGAGGAGGAGACCGAGGAGACCACGACGUACACGACGGAGACGUCGGAGGUGGUGUCUGAGGUGCCGUCCACCCAGGCGACGACGACCGAGACCACGGAGACGACGUACACGACCGUGACGUCGGAGCUGACGUCCGCGCCUUCCACCGAGGCGACCGAGGAGGAGACCGAGGUGACCGAGGAGGAGACCGAGGAGACCACGACGUACACGACGGAGACGUCGGAGGUGGUGUCUGAGGUGCCGUCCACCCAGGAGACGACGACCGAGACCACGGAGACGACGUACACGACCGUGACGUCGGAGCUGACGUCCGCGCCUUCCACCGAGGUGACCGAGGAGGAGACCGAGGUGACCGAGGAGGAGACCGAGGAGACGUCGGAGGUGGUGUCUGAGGUGCCGUCCACCCAGGAGACGACGACCGAGACCACGGAGACGACGUACACGACCGUGACGUCGGAGCUGACGUCCGCGCCUUCCACCGAGGUGACCGAGGAGGAGACCGAGGAGACCACGACGUACACGACGGAGACGUCGGAGGUGGUGUCUGAGGUGCCGUCCACCCAGGAGACGACGACCGAGACCACGGAGACGACGUACACGACCGUGACGUCGGAGCUGACGUCCGCGCCUUCCACCGAGGCGACCGAGGAGGAGACCGAGGAGACCACGACGUACACGACGGAGACGUCGGAGGUGGUGUCUGAGGUGCCGUCCACCCAGGAGACGACGACCGAGACCACGGAGACGACGUACACGACCGUGACGUCGGAGCUGACGUCCGCGCCUUCCACCGAGGCGACCGAGGAGGAGACCGAGGUGACCGAGGAGGAGACCGAGGAGACCACGACGUACACGACGGAGACGUCGGAGGUGGUGUCUGAGGUGCCGUCCACCCAGGAGACGACGACCGAGACCACGGAGACGACGUACACGACCGUGACGUCGGAGCUGACGUCCGCGCCUUCCACCGAGGCGACCGAGGAGGAGACCGAGGUGACCGAGGAGGUGACCGAGGAGACCACGACGUACACGACGGAGACGUCGGAGGUGGUGUCUGAGGUGCCGUCCACCCAGGAGACGACGACCGAGACCACGGAGACGACGUACACGACCGUGACGUCGGAGCUGACGUCCGCGCCUUCCACCGAGGCGACCGAGGAGGAGACCGAGGAGACCACGACGUACACGACGGAGACGUCGGAGGUGGUGUCUGAGGUGCCGUCCACCCAGGAGACGACGACCGAGACCACGGAGACGACGUACACGACCGUGACGUCGGAGCUGACGUCCGCGCCUUCCACCGAGGCGACCGAGGAGGAGACCGAGGUGACCGAGGAGGAGACCGAGGAGACGUCGGAGGUGGUGUCUGAGGUGCCGUCCACCCAGGAGACGACGACCGAGACCACGGAGACGACGUACACGACCGUGACGUCGGAGCUGACGUCCGCGCCUUCCACCGAGGCGACCGAGGAGGAGACCGAGGAGACCACGACGUACACGACGGAGACGUCGGAGGUGGUGUCUGAGGUGCCGUCCACCCAGGAGACGACGACCGAGACCACGGAGACGACGUACACGACCGUGACGUCGGAGCUGACGUCCGCGCCUUCCACCGAGGCGACCGAUGAGGAGACCGAGGAGACCACGACGUACACGACGGAGACGUCGGAGGUGGUGUCUGAGGUGCCGUCCACCCAGGAGACGACGACCGAGACCACGGAGACGACGUACACGACCGUGACGUCGGAGCUGACGUCCGCGCCUUCCACCGAGGCGACCGAGGAGGAGACCGAGGAGACCACGACGUACACGACGGAGACGUCGGAGGUGGUGUCUGAGGUGCCGUCCACCCAGGAGACGACGACCGAGACCACGGAGACGACGUACACGACCGUGACGUCGGAGCUGACGUCCGCGCCUUCCACCGAGGCGACCGAUGAGGAGACCGAGGAGACCACGACGUACACGACGGAGACGUCGGAGGUGGUGUCUGAGGUGCCGUCCACCCAGGAGACGACGACCGAGACCACGGAGACGACGUACACGACCGUGACGUCGGAGCUGACGUCCGCGCCUACCACCGAGGCGACCGAGGAGGAGACCGAGGUGACCGAGGAGGAGACCGAGGAGACGUCGGAGGUGGUGUCUGAGGUGCCGUCCACCCAGGAGACGACGACCGAGACCACGGAGACGACGUACACGACCGUGACGUCGGAGCUGACGUCCGCGCCUUCCACCGAGGCGACCGAGGAGGAGACCGAGGAGACCACGACGUACACGACGGAGACGUCGGAGGUGGUGUCUGAGGUGCCGUCCACCCAGGAGACGACGACCGAGACCACGGAGACGACGUACACGACCGUGACGUCGGAGCUGACGUCCGCGCCUUCCACCGAGGCGACCGAUGAGGAGACCGAGGAGACCACGACGUACACGACGGAGACGUCGGAGGUGGUGUCUGAGGUGCCGUCCACCCAGGAGACGACGACCGAGACCACGGAGACGACGUACACGACCGUGACGUCGGAGCUGACGUCCGCGCCUUCCACCGAGGCGACCGAGGAGGAGACCGAGGUGACCGAGGAGGAGACCGAGGAGACGUCGGAGGUGGUGUCUGAGGUGCCGUCCACCCAGGAGACGACGACCGAGACCACGGAGACGACGUACACGACCGUGACGUCGGAGCUGACGUCCGCGCCUUCCACCGAGGCGACCGAGGAGGAGACCGAGGUGACCGAGGAGGAGACCGAGGAGACCACGACGUACACGACGGAGACGUCGGAGGUGGUGUCUGAGGUGCCGUCCACCCAGGAGACGACGACCGAGACCACGGAGACGACGUACACGACCGUGACGUCGGAGCUGACGUCCGCGCCUUCCACCGAGGCGACCGAGGAGGAGACCGAGGUGACCGAGGAGGAGACCGAGGAGACCACGACGUACACGACGGAGACGUCGGAGGCGGUGUCUGAGGUGCCGUCCACCCCGGAGACGACGACCGAGACCACGGAGACGACGUACACGACCGUGACGUCGGAGCUGACGUCCGCGCCUUCCACCGAGGUGACCGAGGAGGAGACCGAGGAGACCACGACGUACACGACGGAGACGUCGGAGGUGGUGUCUGAGGUGCCGUCCACCCAGGAGACGACGACCGAGACCACGGAGACGACGUACACGACCGUGACGUCGGAGCUGACGUCCGCGCCUUCCACCGAGGCGACCGAGGAGGAGACCGAGGAGACCACGACGUACACGACGGAGACGUCGGAGGUGGUGUCUGAGGUGCCGUCCACCCAGGAGACGACGACCGAGACCACGGAGACGACGUACACGACCGUGACGUCGGAGCUGACGUCCGCGCCUUCCACCGAGGUGACCGAGGAGGAGACCGAGGAGACCACGACGUACACGACGGAGACGUCGGAGGUGGUGUCUGAGGUGCCGUCCACCCAGGAGACGACGACCGAGACCACGGAGACGACGUACACGACCGUGACGUCGGAGCUGACGUCCGCGCCUUCCACCGAGGAGACCACGACGUACACGACGGAGACGUCGGAGGUGGUGUCUGAGGUGCCGUCCACCCAGGAGACGACGACCGAGACCACGGAGACGACGUACACGACCGUGACGUCGGAGCUGACGUCCGCGCCUUCCACCGAGGUGACCGAGGAGGAGACCGAGGAGACCACGACGUACACGACGGAGACGUCGGAGGUGGUGUCUGAGGUGCCGUCCACCCAGGAGACGACGACCGAGACCACGGAGACGACGUACACGACCGUGACGUCGGAGCUGACGUCCGCUCCUUCCACCGAGGAGACCACGACGUACACGACGGAGACGUCGGAGGUGGUGUCUGAGGUGCCGUCCACCCAGGAGACGACGACCGAGACCACGGAGACGACGUACACGACCGUGACGUCGGAGCUGACGUCCGCGCCUUCCACCGAGGUGACCGAGGAGGAGACCGAGGAGACCACGACGUACACGACGGAGACAUCGGAGGUGGUGUCUGAGGUGCCGUCCACCCAGGAGACGACGACCGAGACCACGGAGACGACGUACACGACCGUGACGUCGGAGCUGACGUCCGCGCCUUCCACCGAGGAGACCACGACGUACACGACGGAGACGUCGGAGGUGGUGUCUGAG